AUGAUUUCUCUGCAGUGGAAACAGGCAGCUGGACCAGGUCACGCUUUGGGACAGACCGCGGGACACUGCACCGUUUCCUGGAAAUGGCCGAGAGGCACAGAAGCAGGCGUCGGACAGGACGCCAUAAACAAGACAGAAGCAGCAAUGGAAAUCUCCACUGGAAAACACACAGGUUUUGGCAACAAACACACGCCUCUCCCUCUUUCUUGGAGCAAUGCAUCAUCCCUUCAGAAGCUCAACGUGCUGCCAGGCGAGCGGAAUCACUUGUGCUGGAGCCAAAAGGAUGGGGGUGAUUGA